UCUCUCUCUCUCCCCUCCCGUUUUACUCAGAGUUUCAACUUUCAAAGCAGCAGGCGGCCAGUUUCCCGUGACCUGCAUCAUGAAGCCAAUCUGAUAUAUCUAUAUAUAUUGUAUAUAUUCCAUCAUUUUAUAAUUAUAUUUUUUUAAUUCCCAUGCAGCAAUUUCUAGGGUUGUCCUGUCGGAAUCCAAAGCCCCCACCCACCACUCCUUCUCUCUCUUGCUUGUAUUUUAAUGUUAUUUUCUGUUGAUAUUUAUUUUUAUGUAAUCGAUAUUUAGUCUUCAUUCACGAAAAAAAACGAAAUCUUUAUCCUCUGUACCUUCUCUCUCUCUCUCUCUCUCUCUCUCUCGUUCUUUUUUUUUAAAAUUUUUCGAUGAUUUUAUAUUUCUUAUAAUUAUUUCUUGGUCUCCAUUAAAAGGCUCCUCUUCCUGCCCUCUUCCUCGUCGUCCUCUCUCUCUCUCUCUCUCUUUCUCUCUCUCUCUCUCUCUCUCUCUUUCUCUCGUUUCUUAGUUUGGUCAUUAAAGCAUCUCAUUUGACCUUCUAUCCUCUCUUUCUAUCUCUAAAACUAUUUAUUUUUCGCCAUAGAAUCUUAUUUUGUUUUCUUCUUCUCCUUCCCCCUCUCUCUCUCUGGGGAUCCAUGCUGAAGGGAAGAAGUGGUGCUUUGGAUUAAAAAAAGCGACGCCUUUGAGUGAGAUCUGGAUUCGAGAGUGUUAGGGAGAGGGGAGAGCCGGAGAGGAGAGGGAGAGGGAUCAAAACCCUAGCUUUUGUUGAAGGACGGACGGACGGACGGACGGGAGCUCCUGGUGCGAUGAAGUCGGAGACUCGGUUAGAUUCGGUGGUAUUCCAGCUCACGCCUACUCGAACGAGGUGUGAUUUGGUUAUUGUUGCAAAUGGUAAGACGGAGAAGAUUGCGUCUGGGUUGUUGAACCCUUUUCUCGCACAUUUGAAGACUGCCCAGGAUCAAAUUGCCAAGGGGGGCUACUCUAUUACACUUGAACCAGACCCUAAGAUUGAUGCAGUAUGGUUUACCAAGGGCACCGUCGAGAGGUUUGUUCGUUUUGUGAGCACACCCGAGGUUCUGGAGCGGGUGAACACCGUAGAGUCUGAGAUCUUGCAGAUUGAGGAGGCAAUUGCUAUUCAGGGCAAUGACAAUCUUGGCUUGAGCACCGUGGAAGAUCAUCAAACAAAACCUUUAGAGUACAUUGAAGGGAGCAAGUCCACAUCUGAUUCUGAUGCAGAAAAGGCUAUAGUUCUUUACAAGCCUGGAUCACAACCACAUCCAUCAGAUUCAAAUGGAUCCACAACACAGGGGGAGAAUUCAAAAGUUCAACUCUUGAGAGUACUUGAGACCCGGAAAAUUGUAUUGCAGAAAGAACAGGGCAUGGCCUUUGCACGUGCUGUUGCUGCUGGUUUUGACAUGGAUCACAUGGCACAGUUGAUAUCAUUUGCGGAGAGUUUCGGUGCAUCACGUUUAAUGGAGGCUUGCUUAAGAUUUAUGGAGUUAUGGAAGAGAAAGCAUGAAACUGGACAAUGGGUCGAAGUUGAGGCGGCAGAAGCAAUGUCCGUCCGAUCUGAAUUUUCUUCUUUGAAUGUCUCAGGGAUUAUACUCUCUGGAGAUACUAGGAAACAGAAAGAGUAUGGGGAAGCAUGGCCUGUCUCCGGUGGGGAUAUGGGCACUGAGAGCAAUGGGACAACUGAUAGGAAGAUUCCGCCAGAUCUGCAGGUUCCUUUGGGACCCCAUGAGUAUUAUCAGGGCCAAUUUCAGCAUCCUACACAUCCCCCAUGGCCUAUGCACUCUCUGCCAGCUCCACACGUCUUUCAACCUUAUCCUAUGCAAGGCAUGCCAUAUUAUCAGAAUUAUCCAGGAGGUGGUCCAUAUUUCCAUCCCUCAUAUGCUCCAAUGGAGGAUCCUAGAUUCAGCACGCCUCAAAAAGUGCGGCAGAAGAGGCAUUCCAUGGAUAGUAAAGAUAGCAAUAUUGAGUCAGAGGCAUCAGAAAUGGGUGGUUCUGGUACAAGAUCACAGGAUGGUACAUAUCAAGAUAUAUCAGAGUUUGAGAAAGAAGGUUCUUAUGGCCGUGAAUCACGUAAAAGGGUUAGCCAUUCAGGAAAGAAAAAGGCUGGAAUGGUUGUCAUUCGGAACAUAAAUUACAUCACAUCAAAGAGGCAUGAAACAUCACGAAGUGAAUCAGAAUCAGCUUCUGAUACUGAAACUGAAGAGGAAAGCAAAGAUAUCUCUGAUGCCCACGAUAGAAAGCAUAAGAGUUCCUCAAGAACUUCAAAGACAGAUGAGGUUCGCCUGAAAUCUAUAGAAUUUUCGGGUGCAUAUGCCAAGGAUGAAGUCACUUAUGGACAGGAGGCAGAUUCUGGAAACUGGCAAGCAUUUCAGAGUUUCUUAUUGAGAGCUGAAGAGAAGACGAGAACUGCUGAUGUGGACAUCUUUGCUGGUGAAAAAGAGCCUCCAGUAAAGAGAAAACAAAAUAAUGGUGAAGAUGAUCCUAUCCUUCCUCGUGAAAGAGAUUCUGGUGAUGUUCAGGAACGGAGAAUCAUAGGGUUAGAUUCAUGUAAUGGUAAGGCAAGGAGGAUGAAGCAGAUGGCUUCAAAUGAUGAAUUAUUGAUUUCAGGUGAGGGAAGAGGUGUAAUAGAUAGCCAGCUCAAGGAAAUAGAAGGGGGGAGGGGAGGAUAUAGGAGUUUGACCAGUGAUGAAUUCAUGAUUUAUGGACGAGACAAGCAAGUGGGCGGUAAGAAUUCUUCAGACCCGCUUGUUGAUCAGCAAUAUGAACAUGAUAAAAAUUUGGAUAAGAAAUCCUCAUAUAAUGCUAUGGAUGAGUCGUUUGUGGUUCCAUUUAGGUCAGGCUCACAAGAUCAACUUGGAGCAGAUGGAAGAACUGCCAUUGACAUAUAUUCUGAAUUCCCUCCAGCUCUGCAGAGAACUGAGGAUUUUUCUAGUAAGGAUAAAAUUCAAAUCACUUAUGAACCAAAUGAUUUGACCUUACUGCCUGAGCGUGGGAUGGAGAGCGUAUCCAUUGGUUAUGAUCCUGCUAAAGACUAUGACAUCCAGAUUCCUGUUAAAAAUGCUGUUGAAGUGGAAAGCAGAAACCAUGAGGAUGUCCCAACAAGCACCAAAGAAGAGUCAAAAAAAUCAGACAAGGACAAAAAGUUAAAAGUUUCACAGAAUGGUUUGGAGAGAAAGAAAAAAGAUGCUCUGGUGAGGAAAGGGACAUCGUCAAAGAUGAAUCCAUCGGUUGAAGCACAAAAACGUGCAGAGAAGCUGCGGGCCUCCAAAGCUGAGCUUCAGAAAGUAAAGAAAGAGAGGGAAGAGGAAGAGAGAAAGCGAUUGGAAGCUUUGAGAAGAGAAAGACAAAAGAGAAUUGCUGCAAGGGGUAAUUCAAAUGCCACUCAAAAGCCAUUGAUCCCACAACAGACCAAAUCUUGGUUACCAACAAAGCUUUCUCCAAGUUCUCACAGAGGAUCAAAGUUUAGUGACUCAGAGCCUGGAUCUUCUUCACCUUUAAAAAAAUUGCCUACCAGAACCACUUUGGUUGGGUCCAAUGAUUCUCAGAAAAUCACAAGAACUAGUAAAUUAAAUGGCAGUAGUCAUGGAUUAAGUCGAUCAGUAUCAUCAUUGCAUGAGAUCAAGAAAGAGAAUAAUAAUUCCAGACCAGAAGCAAAGACAGCUUCCAUUCAAGCUAGAAGGCUUUCAGAUCCCAAAGGUACUAAUGUUCAGCGUGCUUCUCCACUACAAUCUGUUACCAGAGAUAAAGUACCAAAGAGAGGCAUACCUGAUGAGUCACAAAAAAAGAUCUCUGCAAUAAUCCAACUGGACAAAAGCAAGUCAGCAACUUUGCCAGAGCUGAAGAUUAGGACAUCAAAAGGCCCUUCCAAUGCGGUCCAAAACAAAGCUGCUAAAGAGACAUUGCAGAAAGGAGUGGGAAGCAAAACUUCUCGAGCUUCUGAAACCACCCAGGCAAAAAGGACUGAUGAUAAGACAUCAAGACUUAGCAACAGUGACGAUAACUUAGUAAUUGAGAAGACUGUUGUGAUGCUCGAAAAUGACGUUGUUUCAGCUGCUGCUGUUGAAGCAUCUGAAGCGAUGAAAGAUAGAACAUAUGGAGCUGAUAAAAUAGGGAAGACUGGGCUGGAUUCAGAAUAUGCAGCUAUCCGCGCUCCACCUUCACCCAUUAUUGUAGGUGAAAUUGAAAAUUUCGCUGAACAUAAGCUUGAUGACCAGCUGAAUUCCUAUGAGGUGGUUAUUAAUUACUCAAACGAGGCUCCUCAGAAGUUCUCAAACUCUACAGUCAUAGAAAAGCCUUAUCAAGCUCCCUAUGCCAGAACAACAUCCUUAGAGGAUCCUACUGCCAGUAAUGUAGAAUAUGCUCGAGCACCACCUGUUCUAAACUCUGAAAUGGCUACAAUGCACAGCGAGAGUAUUAAGGCACUUGUGCCCAAUUUUCCCAUGGGCUCGAAUUUUGUUGAUCAUACCAAUGAGUCAUGUGAGAAGCCUCGGAGCAGAGAAACAAAAGGUUUUAGAAAGUUAUUAAAAUUUGGAAGAAAGAGCCACAACUCAGCAACAGGUGAGGGUAACCAAGAGUCAGAAGCAUCCUCUGUUGAUGAGCACAUGAUAGCUGCUGCUUCAUCGAAUGAUGUUCAUAUGCUGAAGAAUCUUAUUUCUCAAGAUGAUAGCAAUGCUGGAAGCACUUCCACUAAAGUUUCUCGCCCCUUCUCCAUUCUUUCACCCUUCCGCAGCAAGAGCAGUGACAAGAAGGUGUCUGCAUGAUAUGCCGAUUUCUGCAAUUCAUACAAGUAAGAUGUAUCUGCUAUUGAAACACAGCCGAGAGGUUGUUGGUUGAUGGAUGAUCUGCCAUUUUGUUAUAAACAAUAAUGUAAAAUUUGUGUUUGCAAAAAUUCUUUCUUUUUGUUGAUAUUGGUAUGUAAUGAUAUCUUAUUUUCUGUACAACAACUAUACUAUUGGAUGGUUAAAACAAAGCUUCUUGUCUGAUAGCACUUGAAUUGUA